AUGCCAAUCAAUACGCGAGAGUUAAUGGAUGCUGUAGGCAUCCUUGCCGAUAGGGAGAGUAUGAGAGUUACGGUGGCGUCCAGUGCCACUGGAGCUGCGGUAUGUGCUGGCCUGUGCUUCGUCGGGGGUUUGCUUGGUGGUCCCAAGGGUCUCGCCAUAGGAGGUACAGCCGGUGCCCUCACCGCCGCCUACAUGAACUGGGGACAGUUCCGCCCGGUUAGCGACAUCAUCAUGAACGAAAUGAGCCACCACGAACGGGAGAGUCUCAAAAAUCACAUUGCGGCCGCGUUGGCCGAUUUCCAAAUUUCGGACGUAGCCAUGCUGUUGCCCCUUUUGAUGAACGAGUCCGCUGCCGCAAAUGUCGUGCUUGACACGGUGGCCAAUUUUAUUAGAAGUGAUAUGAAUCUGCAGAUUAUCGAUUGAUAUUUUUUAGAUGAGUGUGUGUAUUAGAAUAAUCCAAUUUUAUUGGGAAAUUACAUUUUGAAAGUGAUAUGACCUUUUGCAAAACAAACUUUUAUUGGAAGUGUUAUCUAAAUAAAAAUUAUUUCUAAUAAAAAUAAAAACAUAUUUCUAUUCUUGUUCAGAUAUGCCACUGUGACCAGUUAUUAGAUCUAUUGUAGCAUGGAUAUUAUAUUGAAAUAAAAAUUAUAUUUCAACACUCUU